AUGGCGGAGAAGAAGGAGAACAUCAUCUGGACAAUCCGGAUGGCGGCUCCGGCGGACGGCUCGGCGCGUCCGCAGCCGGCACGGCCGGCCUGGAGCGGCUACCGCGAGCGGCCCGGCCCGCCGCCGCCGCCCGCCUCCGACGUCGUCACUCAGCUGAGCAUCACCGGCGUGUCGCUCGUCUGUAAUCCCGGGGCCUUUUGGCUGCGCCGUGCCGCCUGGUUCCUGGUGAUCGCCGGCCUACUCGUCUGGCUGUGCUUCCAGCUGAAGGAGUGCAUCACUCGCGUGCAGGCCGGCGGGACCACGCGCCAGUGGUCCCGCCAGAUGCUCGACAACAUCCCCGUACCGGCCAUCACCGUCUGCCAUGGCAACGUGUUCAAAAAGAACCGCGUGCUGCGGUACACGAACGAGGGCGUGACAUGGACAGAGUUUCGCCACCGCAGCUUCGCCGCGCUUAACUGGAGCAGCUUCGACGACAUCGGCGAGUUCUACAGCGACGCCGUGUACAAUUGGAGCGACAUGAUGUUCUGGUGCGAGGUGCAGGGCAGGCUGUGCUCAGAGGUCGGCUCACUCACGCCCGUCGCAACCCUGGCCAACGGCAUGUGCACGACAUUCAAGACCAACGCGACGGUGAAAAAGCGCUCUUCCACGGGGCAGGUGAUUCUCGCCUUCAACGAGACACAGCAGCUCGACAGCUAUGAACACUCUGGAUGGUGGAUUCACAUUCACUCGCACCAGAUUCCCUUUGACGAGAUAUCCAUAUUCACGGGACUCACGAUGUGGCUCAGAGUCGCAGUCAACAAAUGGUACAACAUUCGACUGACGCACAUCAGAAAGUCGCUGCUGCAGUCCACAGGUCAGUGCAACGCAGCUGAACAGGCCGAACUGCGCUACAACGAAUGCAUAGGGUUCUGUCUGAUGACGAGGCUAAACAUGACUGUGAGCUGCCGUGUUCCCUGGUUCGAGAACCACGCGUACCCGCCCGAGGUGCCGCCGUGCCGCUCGCUGGCCGAGCUGGCCAGGAACAGCCCGGCACACCACCACCUGGACGAGGACUCCUUCCUGCAGAUGUCGUCCGGCUGCGAGUGCGUCCAGCCGUGCGCCUCCGAGCGGUACGAGGUCCAGCAGCAGACCGUUUGGCAACUGGAGGACACCGUCGUCUACCAGGACUACCCGUCCAUGAUCGGAAAGAACGCGUCGCGGGUGGACCUGUCGCUGCCGCCGCUGGUGCAAGUUAUCAACGAGCGCGAGGCCUACUCGUUCCAGACGUUCAUCUCGGAGGUGGGCGGCAGCCUGGGCCUGAUGCUCGGAGGUUCGCUGCUCACCCUCGUCGAGAUCAUCGACUGUGUCGUGACCGCCUGCUGCGCCAGACGGGCCAAGCGGUGGUGA